AUGAAGGGCCUCAACCUGCUCUGCUGCUGUGUGGCCUCGCUGCUGCUCCUCGGCACUGCAGAAGAGGUGGAAGAUGCCAGCGAGCCCACCAAGCGCGACCGGUCCCACCUGGAGAACACCCUCAAGCUGAACGAGGACAAACCUGCCGACGACGUCUCGGGCGUCCUGCAGCGGCUGAGGAAGAUCUACCACUCCUCCAUCAAGCCCCUGGAGCAGUCCUACAGAUACAACGAGCUGCGGCAGCACGAGAUCACAGCUUAUCCCGGACGCACCCUGGGCUCCUCCGCCACAGAUGGGGAGAUCACUUCCAAGCCAAUGGUGCUAUUCCUGGGACCGUGGAGCGUCGGCAAAUCCUCCAUGAUAAACUACCUCCUCGGCCUGGACAACACUCCCUACCAGCUGUACACAGGGGCUGAACCCACCACCUCCGAAUUCACUGUCAUCAUGCACGGCCCCAAGCUGAAAACCAUCGAGGGCAUCGUGAUGGCUGCUGACAGCGCCCGCUCCUUCUCACCCCUGGAGAAGUUUGGGCAGAACUUCUUGGAGAAGCUGAUUGGGAUCGAGGUGCCCCACAAGCUGCUGGAGAGAGUCACCUUUGUGGACACGCCAGGCAUCAUUGAAAACCGCAAGCAGCAGGAGCGAGGUUACCCGUUCAACGACGUGUGCCAGUGGUUCAUUGACAGAGCCGACCUCAUCUUCGUUGUCUUCGACCCUACGAAGCUGGACGUGGGCUUGGAGCUGGAGAUGCUGUUCCGCCAGCUGAAGGGCCGCGAGUCCCAGAUCCGCAUCAUCCUGAACAAAGCCGACAGCCUGGCCACCCAGGAGCUCAUGAGAGUCUACGGCGCCUUGUUCUGGAGCCUGGCUCCUCUCAUCAAUGUCACGGAGCCGCCCAGGGUGUAUGUCAGCUCCUUCUGGCCCCAGGAGUACCACCCAGACACCCACAAGGAGCUGUUCCUCAAAGAAGAGAUCUCACUGCUGGAAGAUCUCAACCAGGUGAUUGAGAACAGGAUGGAGAACAAGAUCGCUUUCAUCCGGCAGCACGCCAUACGCGUGCGCAUCCACGCCCUGCUGGUCGAUCGCUACCUGCAGACAUUCAAGGACAAAAUGACCUUCUUUAGUGAUGGAGAACUGGUGUUCAGGGACAUUGUGGAGGAUCCUGACAGGUUCUUUAUCUUUAAGUCCAUCCUGGCAAAGACCAAUGUCAGCAAAUUUGACCUCCCCAACCGCGAGGCCUACAAGGACUUCUUUGGCAUCAACCCCAUCACCAGCUUCAAGCUCCUCUCUCAGCAGUGUUCCUACAUGGGAGGGUGCUUCCUAGAGAAGAUCGAGAAGGCCAUCACCCGCGAGCUUCCCGACCUCCUGGGCAGCAUCGGCCUGGGGAAGAAGCCCAACGUUCUCUCCUGCGACGUCACGGGCUGCAGCGAGACCCCAAAGAAUCGCUACAGGAAGCCCUAA